GUACUGUCUGACCAACGAGCUGGCGGCACUGCAGAGGCGUGUCGACUUGUGUAGUGGAUGGCUGCCUCUGGGGGAAUCGGAAUAUCGGGCCUAAUUAAGAGACUAAUUAUGUUGGCUGGGUAAUAGCGCGUGGAAAAUAUGGCGGUUUUGUCCUUACCGGCCGUCGCAGAUCUUUUCUCAUCACUUUCCUCGCCUUUAGUUAAAAUCCUAUAUCCGAUUAUAGACUAAUACGCGCAAGAGAAAGGGCAAAUGAAGUAGGCAGUUAAUCAGAUACGGCCAUACUAUUACAUAUCAAGCCAUCAAUCGUGACCACAAGCUGAGUAGAUUUGAUGAGAACCUAAUCGGCCGACAAGAAAAGAAGAAGAAGAGCGCCUGUUCGAGGAACAAUAGCUUGACUUCUCCAUCUCGACGAGGUCAUGUCCAGUAACCUUCGUAUACUCACGAAUAUACUGACAGUCUUCCACUUUCAUACUCACCGCACGUCUACGUAUGCUAACACGAGUUGGUCCGAGCUCCACCAGAUACAGUACACGUUGCCUCGUUGACUGAUUCCACAACGGACACAAAGCAACGAACGGGAAGCUAUUGACAUUAUGAACACUCCCGCCUCUUCACGACAAACACACUCUUUUUUCCAUCCAGCCAUGAUAAAACCACAGAGUCGUAAAUCAUGGUUCAGCUUCGCACGGCAAAACCCCGAAACUAUAAAAGCCGAAAAGGCUUCCGCUGUCAGCCCCGCAGAAUUACUACCUCCUGCUGCCGCGUCUGAUGGUGUUCCCAACAGCAGCAGCAACCGCCUCUCAGUAUACAACUCUGAUCCGCAAGGAUAUCUUCGACCCAUCCAAUUCGAGCCCAAUCGCAUAGCUACGCUAUACGUCUCUCCUUCCGAAGUUAACCUUUACCUUGCGGCCAUGUCCCAGCUCGAUCAAAGUCCACCACCUUUACCCCUCUGGACUGAUCCUGCGCCUGAGCUCCCGCGGCUCAACCCGACAGAUCCACUCGACGUUCCUCGCUUGCCUAGCACAUACACCAUUACGAGACCUACAUUCGGAUUAGACUUUUGGACUGAUAGUCUGUACAAUCCAAAACCGCUUCCUGGUGGUGUGUAUGAUCCACCUUCUUCCACUGGGUUACUUGUGCGCGAUGAGUUUAGAAGUUACUCUGUUCCGAAGAGUGCGAACCAUGCGAUCAUCGCGCUCACCCCUCCUGGAGAGAUAAGGUUUACGAAUUUCCCGCCAAGUGCACUACUGGCUCUUGAUAAUGUCAUCAGAGACCAGUGGCCUCAUGGCAUCGUGAAGAGAAGCCUAGGAGUGGUAGAGCUGAAGGAGAGGGAUGAGAAAGAUAAGAUCGUUUGGACGGUCAAUCUGGAGGGGAAGGUCUGGAAGAGAAAGGGUAACGAGGAGCUUCACACAAUCCGCCUUGUGUUGGGCAUACUCAAAGUGUUAGGAAUACAUGGGUGGACUUUGGUCGAGAGCAUUCAAGCUGGUGGAUCCAAGAAGGAUACCCAUGACCUAUUGUUUUCCUACUCUCUCAAAACGAUUCGCGGCCCACCCGCAUUCUUUGCCCUCUCAAUCCCGCUACCCGACCGUCUCUCCCUCAUCAAUCCUCCAUUCAAAUCCACCCCUGCUCUCAUUUCCGCCCUCCGCACAUCCAUCAUCUCCGCCUCCCCGCUCAAGUUGAAACAAUCAUCCAAUGGGAUCAUAGACCCAAAUUCCACUGAUGCCGAGCUGCUCAAAGCUGCGGAGCAGGGAAAGAAGAAAGGGAAGGUUAAUUGGCAAGGGUAUGACCCCAGAGGAGUCAAGUUGGAAGGGUGGGUGCACGAUGGAGUGUACAGGUUUUGGGUUGAUGGGAUGAGGAGGUGGGUGGGAGGGGGAUUGAGGAGGAAGACCGUAGAAAAUAUUCACCCCAUGCUAGUCAUCAACAUCGUCAACAAUCUCACAGCCAACCAUUUCGAGCUUGCGGGAUCAGUGCCUCUUCUCCCAUUCACAAAAGGCCGAGACGUUCUAGUCUUCCAAUCUCUCCCUUCUUCCGGGCUGACCGCUCAAGACUCUUAUGAUACCAAACAGUAUAAGUACAAUGAAGCCGCCCACCCUGGCGGGCCCACAACUGCCGGGACACAAGGUGAAAAAGCAAGGACGAGUACUAGACCUCCGCGCCCACCGGCCGCGACGGCAAUGACUCGUCUCCGUCGAUUAUCAGACCUCACACUUCGUCGCCACUCAUCUAACGGGGAAUCGCCUAACCGCUGUGUCCGCGCCGCUCCCAGCUCGGGAGCUGGUAUCAACACACAGGAGGGAACACCCAAGGCGAAAAACGUGCUUCUCAAGAAGAAUUCGACCAGGCGGAAGAACGUGCUGAACAUGCCUGCUAGCACUGCUGAUAAUCAUGUGGGAAAUGGGCAAAGUAAGAGAGCAUCGGCACCGAGUUUUGUGCCUUCUCGAGGACACGUGCAAGGUUCAGAUGAUGCGGCAGGUUUUGCACAAGGUGACGCGCAUUUAAGGGUGAUGAACUCCACGAGCCAAGAUAGGAAUAACUGGUCAUUUGUCGAACAUCCUACCGUGCUCAAUCAAGAAGGCCGUGCUCCACCUAUUGGAAUCAGUCGCAUUUUUCCCACAGAAAGCUUGUGGAACGCGCCUCUUGCACUCUGUCAUAAUACCAACCGAGAUCCCAUUCAGUUUGGUACUACACAGCUUUUUGUUCCCCGUGGGACAGGCCAUGCACCCGACCCCAACUUAUCUCAAGAUAGCGGUGAUUCCAUGUAUAUUGACCCGCCAGUCGCGGGGGAGAAAGAUCGUUGUCCAAGUUUGGAUAAUGUCCGCAUCCCCCAGGCGAACGUCUACUCUUCCACUACCACAGGGAUAGGCGGUUUCCACGAUUUUGUUUCCUCUGAUAUCACGCAACCCUUUCGUCUUGGACACCCUAUGGGUACACCUUCCCCUUCUAUCCAGUCUCGCCCCAAAAUAAGCCACACCAUAGUGCCCGCUCCUCAAUUUACUUCUUUACCUGUGAACAACCCUAACGGCGCUGCUACCAUGAAAGAUCGCGGCUCCCCUAAACGUAACAGGCCGGCGGUGGUCGUCCCUGAUAUGACAGGUAUUGGGAGGGUAGAUAGUAUGCAUGGAAGUGUGGGGUGGAAUGGGAGUGCGUUGUCGAGGGGCAGUGGAGAUCAUCAACCUCAUCAUUCGUCGUUGAAUAACGAACAGAGUGGACCUGGGAGAGAGUCGCAACAGGGUUCGGUAGUGAUGUUGGUGAAUGCGCAGGGUUAUGGUGGGAGUUUGCAAUUCCCAGGCAGUCCAACGAGCCCUACAACUCAGGCUGAAAAGGUAGGAAGUGCAAGGACAAAGGUGAAUGUAGGACCGAGACAUUGGGAAACGUAGGAAUGCGUGAAAAGGUUAAAUAGAUAGAUUGGCGCUACUCGAAGGAUCGAAUCAUUGCGAGGUUUCGGUGUCCAGAUUCCGAAUACUAUUUUGUGUGCUACAAUCUUUGUUUAUAGUUAUGCAUUAUGCUGUGAA